AUGCUCUGGUCACUGCGUGCGUUCGCUACUGUCUCCCUGGAGCCACCAUCCCGAAUACCUGCUGCAUCUGCGUCUUCACCUGCUCAAACCAAUGAAGAACUCACGUCUGCAUCGCUCAUCAGGCUCCCUUUUACCUCUCCGAUGGCUGCGCUGGCCAGCCCGAAUUCCCCGACGCAGGAAAGUUCCGUCGCGACCCAGCGUUGGUUCUGCCACUGCGGUCUCGAACAAGGCGACUUUUGUCCCUAUUGUGACUAUGAUCAAGCCGUACGGAGAUCGUUUGUACUAGAAUCGGUCACGGAAUGUCAUCUGGAGUCCCGGGUCGUCGCGGCACCUCAACCAAUUGCGACCCCAAAACCACGCAAGUUGCGCAAGUCGCGGCCUGAUUACCAACAACUACAGUACGAACCCCUACAAUUGGGCAUUGUCACAGAAGCUCGUCCACAUUCAAUUCUAUCUACACAUUCGAGAACCCCUCUUCUGAAUCCUACCCUACCUGCAAAAUCAGAUUACCUACCGGUGCAGGUUCACAGGACGUCAAACAAGUUGGAAAAAAGAAGGAGAUCGCAUUCGACCUCAAACUAUGUUCGCUCAGAAUCUACCUCAUCACCGGAGAGCAUCCGAAGCCCACCGAGGAGGAUCAAAUCGAAAUCAUUCAUAAGGUCUAAGAGCAUAUCUGCAAUAGGCCCUCGACCAAAGGCGGUUUCAAGUAGCAUCAACACAGACGCCCUUGUGUCACUGGCAUGGACGGGGGAAGUUGUGUCACCGAUGGCGUCUUCUGAAUUCACGCCGCUGGGUUACGACGCGUCUCAAGCACCACAGCCACCGAAUCCUCCUCCCAUUUCUCGAUCUUCAUCCAUUGUAUUUCCACAAGUCCCCACCCUUCCUAGGGUCAGAUCAGAAACGUCGAUCAGCGGAAAUAUACUUCAAAAGCGGCGCUCCAUCCUUCGCAAAAAGGACUCGGAACCAACUACGUCGACAACCCAAAGACCUUGGACACUUGCCAUGGCGAUCACGGAUGACAGCAUAUCGGAUGAAAGGCUGGUGGACGACCUGGAAGAAAUGCGGAUCAAGGAAGUGGCUCCCUCCGGACCCUCAAGUUUGGAAGAGCUGCCCCUUGGCUUCGACUCUCCUCCCAUGUACCGGACACAGCUUUACGACUCCUACGCCGAAUACCCCGUUGAACCAGGCGAAGCCGUCCUAGAAGCACCAAUGCUCCCUUCCGACUCCUCCUGGACGGCUGCUCGGCAAGUACUUCUUCUUUGUAGAGAAUUAGUCAGGACCGAACGUCGAUACUCCGCAUCGCUACGUACACUCAUCACGAACGGGACGAGUGCUACUCCUCCGGCUUUGAUGCUCUCACAUCUGCCAGCCCUCAUCACAGCCAGUGACGAUUUACUAGAACUCAUGGAAGUAAAUCCAAGCGUGCGUGGUGUAUCCGAAGCAUUUUUAGCCAACAAAGACAAUUUGGAGGCAGCCUUUGUAGCGUGGAGCAGUAUAGUCGGUCAAUUCUUUCACGAGGACGAUGGCCCGAAAGGCAAGACUGAUCCUUUGCAGACGAAUUCGGAGCCGUCGAAUUCGGGAAGCUCAAGAUCACGCGCUGCGUCGACCAAGAGUCCAUCAAUGGAGAGUCCAACUGUCGUCAUCCUCGAGCCCAAUAAGAUUCGGAGGAACAGCAAACCUCGACCUACCAUUCGUGAGUUGGCCAUACUGCCGACGCAACGAAUCGUCCGCUAUGUGCUCUUGUUCAAAGAACUUAGCGCGCUUGCACCUGCCGCCGUUCCUUCGUCAGCCGUUGUUGAAGAGGCUCUGAGAGCCGCACAAACCAUCGCUCAGAACGCCAACAAUGCCCAAGGCCAUUCUGCGUUCAAACCUUGCGUUUUAUGA